AUGGCGCCCCCCCAGGUCCUCGCGAUCGGGCUUCUGCUCGCGACGGCGGCGGUGGCCGCGGCUCAGAAAGACUGUAUCUGUGAAAACUACAAACUGACCACAAACUGCUCUGUGAGCAUGGAUGGUCAGUGCUGGUGUACUUCAAUCGGCACACAACAUUCCGUCAUCUGCUCAAAAUUGGCUACCAAAUGUUUAGUGAUGAAGGCAGAAAUGUCUCACUCCAAGUCUGGGAGGAGACCAAAACCUGACGACGCCAUUCAGAAUAACGACGGACUCUACGAUCCCGAGUGUGACGAGAACGGGCACUUUAAAGCCAAGCAGUGCAAUGGCACCACCACCUGCUGGUGUGUGAACACUGCCGGCGUCCGAAGGACGGAUAAAGACACCGAGAUAACCUGCUCCGAACGAGUGAGGACCUACUGGAUCAUCAUUGAACUGAGACACAAAACAAGAGAAAAACCUUAUAAUACUCAAAGUUUGCAGACUGCGCUCACGGAGGUAAUCACAAGUCGUUAUCAACUGGAUCCAAAAUACAUUGGAAAUAUUCUGUAUGAGAAAGAUCUGAUCACUAUUGAUCUAGUGCAGAAUUCUACUCAGAAAACUCAGUAUGACGUGGACAUAGCUGAUGUGGCUUAUUAUUUUGAAAAAGAUGUUAAAGACGAAUCCUUGUUCUAUUCCAAGAGAAUGGACCUGAGAAUAGACGGGGAACAGCUGGAUCUGGAUCCUGGUCGAACUGCCAUUUACUAUGUUGAUGAAAAACCACCUGAAUUUUCGAUGCAGGGCCUAAAAGCUGGUAUUAUUGCCGUCAUCGUGGUUGUGGCUAUAGCACUCAUUGCUGGAAUCGUCGUUCUGAUUAUUUCCAGAAAGAAAAGAACGGCAAAGUAUGAGAAGGCUGAGAUAAAGGAGAUGGGUGAGAUGCAUAGGGAACUCCACGGAUAA